UUCCUUAGCAGCCGGCUAGCUGCUUACCAGCUAGUGCACCGCGGACCUCGCUCACCCACAGGUUAGAAAUGAUGAGCGGACAGACGAGUGCGGUUGUCGUCGGGGCAUGCGGGGCCCUUUUCGUCGCAUACUGCAUUUAUUUUGACAGAAAGCGGCGGAGUGACCCUCUCUUUAAGGAAAAGCUGCGCGAGCGUAGAAGAAAUCAAAACGUUUCUAGUGCAAAGUCUGGAUUGGCAAGGCUACCUGACCUGAAGGACGCGGAAGCUGUUCAGAAGUUCUUUUUGGAGGAAAUCCAGCUGGGAGAGGAGCUCCUUUCACAAGGUGACUUUGAGAAAGGAGUGGACCACCUGACCAAUGCCAUUGCAGUUUGCGGUCAACCCCAGCAGCUGCUCCAGGUGCUGCAGCAGACGCUGCCUGCUCCAGUCUUCCAAAUGCUUCUCGCCAAACUGCCCACCAUCAGCCAGCGAAUCAUCGGCUCUCAGCAUUUGACAGAAGACGACGUGGAAUGAAUGUGUGUGAGAUGGAAAUAAGAGAGAGAAUCCUCAGAGGUCAGCCUUUAUCAGAGGACGACCUUGAAUGGGACUUUGAUUGAGACAAACAACUGCUAUUACUGAGAUUGUCUCAAGUAUUUCAGGUGUUUGUGGAUUGUAUGGAUGUGACUGCACUUGAGAGCCUGAUAACUGAGCUUGACUUUGAUUUCUACAACAGCACUCUGAGGUUAAAGAAGUUUGUGCGAGAUACUGAACACAUUCCAUCUUUCUAAUCUGAUUUCUGUCGGUUUAUUCUAUUUUUCUCAAAUGGAAUUGUGUGCUUUAUUAGGGUGCUUGGCUGCUGAUAUGUACUUUAUUUAAAAUAAUAGUUAUGUAAAUGUAUGGUUGUACAGUUUAAAUGAAUUAUUUCUUAAGAGGUGCCUACACCAAGCAGAAAAUGUGUUUUGUGGGCUGUCAAGUUUUCAAAUUGUUUAUGUUUCAGUCAAUCAUAUCAGGAAAUGUGUGUAAAAUCCUACAAUAAAACAUGAAAACACAG